GGUCAGGUAAUAGGGGAAUGCCAGGUGGACACCAACCACAGUUUCUUGGAGAGGAAAAUAAGGUUUGGCGUGCUCCAGCAAGAUCAAUGGAAGCUUAAUAAAAGGGAAGGGAAGCCUUGGGUAACGGUAAAGUUGUCUCCGUGUACCUAUAUGUCACGGGUUCGAGCCGUGGAAGCAAUAAGUAAUGCUUGUACUAGGAUAGAUUGUCUAUAUCACACCCCUUAGGGUAUGACCCUUCCCUGAACUCUGCGCGAAUGCGAGAUGUGCACCGAGCUGACCGUAUUCUUUUUAGGGAAACUUAAUAAAAGUGAAGAAGAGAUUAAAGGGUGUAUUUUUAGAUGUGCCAUCUGAAUUCUGGUGCUUUAAUUUGUUUCUAUAAUCAUGAUUCUGAGAUGAAAAUAAUGACAUAAUUUUCUUAGAGGCUAAAUUGUAUUAUAGGGAAAAGAAUAAGCUCUUCAUUAACCAUGCUAUUAAAAAUGCUACUCUGUUUCUUUUUCAGGGGUAUCAACCAAAGUCUCAACUACACUUUUCUGUUUCUCUUUCUUUCUUUCUUUCUUUCUUUCUUUUGGGGAGGGUGUUUGGCUUUAGUCUCCUAAAGAAGCUUGCUUUGUGCCCUUCUUAAUAGGAUUCUAUAUAUUGUUAAAGAUCUGAAAGAACUAUUGCCAACUAGAAUUUAAAGAAAAGACCUAUUUUUUCAGCUGUACUACUUGUUCUAAGGACAGGAGUUUUGGUUGCCUUCAGAAGUUAGAUGAUUUGAAUUCUUCCACUGAUUACUCAAGUUAGACCAUUGCUUUCAAUUAGCUAAAAGGCAGUCCGGUGCACUAAGCUCCCGCUAUGCGAGUUUGGGGAAGGGCCGGACCACAAGGGUCUAUUGUAGGCAGUCUUAUCCUGCAUUUCUGCGAGAGGCUACCAGAUGAUCACUCUAGGACCGGUAAGGAGAAAGAGGAACUAGACCGUGCAGUUGCACUCUCUCUUGCAGAAGAUUUGCAGAGACCAAAAGGAUACAAAUGGAGGACUGAUCAAGAUGAAGAUCUAGCAAGAUCACUUCAAGAUAACCCUAAUUCAUCCUCAUAUCCUCCAUAUCUUCCUCCUUAUGCUCCUUCAUAUGCUCCUUGGGAAUAUAAUCCCAAUAGUUAUAGAAAAUGUAGUGGCUGCUAUAGGGAUAUUGUCUCUGGAAAUUAUUUGGGAUGCAUGGGAACUUUCUUUCAUCCAGAAUGUUUUCUUUGUCGCGCUUGUGGUGUUCCGAUUACUGAAUAUGAGUUUUCGUUGUCAGGGAAUAAUACAUAUCAUAAGACAUGUUUCAAGGAAAUGACUCAUCCCAAAUGUGAAGUUUGCCAUCAAUUUAUACCAACAAACGGAGCUGGCUUGAUCGAGUACAGAUGCCAUCCAUUUUGGUCUCAGAAAUAUUGCCCUUCACAUGAGAACGAUAACACCAAAAGGUGUUGUAGUUGUGAACGUCUAGAGUCGCGGAAUGCAAGAUAUAUGUCACUUGGAGAUGGUCGAGGCUUAUGCUUAGAGUGCAUGGAAUCUGCAAUCAUGGAUACCGGGGACUGCCAACCACUUUACCAUUCCAUUAGAGAUUAUUAUGAAGGCAUGAAUAUGAAAAUAGAUCAGCAAGUUCCUAUGCUACUUGUCGAAAGACAAGCCCUUAACGACGCCAUUGAAGGGGAGAAGCAUGGUAUCCAUCAUAUGCCUGAAACCCGAGGUCUAUGCCUAUCAGAAGAGCAGACAGUUACCAGUAUACUCAGGAGGCCAAGAUUGGGUGGCCGUGGACUAGUAGGAAUCAGAACACAUCCUCAGAAACUAAUUAGAAGAUGUGAAGUUACAGCUAUAUUAGUAAUAUAUGGCCUCCCAAGAUUACUUACUGGUGCCAUUCUUGCUCAUGAACUGAUGCAUGCCUGGUUACGUCUUAAAGGAUACCGUGGUCUCAGCCCUGAGGUAGAGGAAGGAAUCUGCCAAGUGCUUUCACACAUGUGGCUUGAAUCAGAGGUAAUGCCUGCAUCAAGAAAUAUGCCAUCUACUUCAACUUCUUCAUCCUCAUCUACAUGGUCAUCGUCUAAGAAAGGCGGAAAAUCACAAGCUGAGAAUAAGUUGGGUGAAUUUUUCAUGCACCAGAUAGCACAUGAUGCUUCUCCAGCAUAUGGUGGAGGAUUUAGAGCUGCUUAUGCAGCUGUCAAUAAGUAUGGUUUGCGAAGCACGUUAGAUCACAUUCGCCUCACAGGAAGUUUUCCUUUAUGAAUCAUCAUCGUAUGUUCGAAGAUGAUUUCCAGAGAUCAUUGAAAGUUUAACCAUGAGGAAAUGAGUUGAUCAUGUUAAAGCUGGUUUAGCUACCCCUAUUUUUUCUGGGGUCUUACCAGGGUAUACUGAUAGAAUACAACUUGAAUUCUAUUAAUAAGAUUUUACACAUUUUGCAAUUAAAAUGAGAUAUAGAAAUUCUGUCUUGUAUUGGAAACUCUUGUAUUUUAAAGGCAAUAAAGAUCAGAUGCUUUGAAUGAUCCCAUGAACAUUCAUUCCCUUA